CCUCAUCCCAAGCUACUUGAAUCUCAAUCCGAUCCAUACACUAACCACUCUCUCUCUCUCUCUCUCUCUCAUUACGAAACAAAGAAAGAAGCAAUGGCUCUAAUGGGACCUUUAUUGCUGUUCUGUGUUCUUCUUGUUCUCUCUUUGAGUUCUUCAUGUUAUAGUAGCAGCUUCCAAGAGAACUCAUUACUUCAUAGUUAUGUUGAUGAUGCUUAUCGUGAAGCAACUGGUUUUUUUGGUUCCGGGGCAGCUCAUCCUUCGUACACGAGCAUCCUUGAGAAUCUCAAGUUCUCUGACCGGAUCAAUCUCCGAACUCGGCUCUUCAGCACAUCAUCUUCCGUUAAAAAGGUUAGCGUCGAUGAUUUUGGCGCCAAAGGGAAUGGUGCUGCUGAUGACACACAGGCAUUCCAAAAGGCAUGGAAGACAGCUUGUAGUUCCAGUGGGGCACUAGUUCUUCUGGUGCCAAAGAAGAACUAUCUUGUUAAGCCAAUCACAUUUUCAGGGCCAUGCAAAUCUCAGCUUACAAUGCAGAUAUAUGGAACCAUAGAAGCAUCUGGUGACAGGUCAGUCUACAGCAAAGAUCUCAAUCACUGGAUCAUGUUUGACAACGUUCGAAAUCUGUUAGUUCAGGGUCCUGGAACCAUCAAUGGCAACGGUCAAAUCUGGUGGCAAAACUCUUGCAAAAGAAAACAAACCAAGCCCUGCGGGACGCAAGCACCUACGGCUGUGACCUUCUACAAAUGUAAUAACUUGGUGGUGAAGGAUCUGAAGUUCCAAGACGCACAGCAAAUGCACGUCAGUUUCGAAGAGUGCACUAAUGUUCAAGCUUUGUAUCUAACAGUAACUGCGCCGGAGACUAGUCCCAACACUGACGGUAUUCAUGUUGCCAAUACCCAGAACAUCACAAUCUCGAACAGUAAUAUCGGAACAGGUGAUGAUUGCAUUUCAAUUGUGAGUGGAUCCCAAAAUGUGCAAGCCUCCAGUAUUACCUGUGGACCUGGCCAUGGAAUCAGUAUCGGUAGCUUGGGGAAAGGAGGGUCUGAAGACCAUGUUUCGCAAGUAACAGUGAACGGAGCUAAGAUUUCAGGAACCACGAAUGGAAUCAGGAUCAAAACAUGGCAAGGAGGCUCAGGAAUGGCAAGCGACAUUGCUUUUCAAAACAUAGAAAUGAAUGAUGUGACCAACCCCAUAAUCAUAGACCAAAACUACUGUGACACCAGUGACGAAGGACAAUGCAAACAACAGAGCAAGGCAGUGAAGGUACAAAAUGUGUUGUACCAAAACAUCAGAGGGACAAGCACUUCAAAAGAUGCCAUAACAUUUGAUUGCAGCAAGAGCAUUCCAUGUCAGGGAAUUGUGCUGCAAAAUGUUCAACUCGACAAAGGAGCAGAAUGCAGCAAUGUUAAUCUGGCUUACAAAGGAAAUGUCUCCCCUCGAUGUGCUUAAAAAUUCAUAGAAACAAGGGCAUCAUGAAAAUUGGCUUUAGGUUGUGAAUAUACAUACCAUUGUAGAUAAAUAAUCUCUGAAAUUAUCGUGUAAUUAAAAGUAUACUAACCAAAUCAAUAAAAUCCAGUUCAUUGAAUUUCAAGACAAA